AUGGCGGCACCACCGCCGUCGCAUCUGCAUACCAUACUAUCUAUCUUCCUCUUCUUCUUCUUCUUCCUUCUCCACCUCUCUCUCCUCCAUGCCACUCCGCCACCUAGCAACCACCCAGACCUAGCUCCAUUACUGUCGUUCAAAUCGUCCUCAGACAUCUCAAACAAGCUCUCCUCCUGGAAAAACUCAUCGGACCCAUGUGACAGGUCCUCAGGUUUCUACGGCGUCUCAUGCCUCCAUAACCGAGUCACCGGACUCGUCCUUGAAGACCUUAAUCUACAUGGACGAUUCGACUCACUCACCUCCCUCGUUAAGCUUCGUGUCCUCUCUCUGAAACGCAACCGUCUUGUCGGUCCCAUUCCCGAUCUCUCCAAUCUCAAUUCUCUGAAACUGCUUUUCCUAUCUUAUAAUCAGAUCUCCGGCGAGUUCCCGCCAUUGUUACCCUCUCUAUUCCGUCUCGAUCUGUCCCAUAACAACCUCUCCGGUAGAAUCCCGGCUACACUCAAUCGUUUGACUCAAUUGUUGACUUUACGUCUAGAGGAAAACCAGUUUUCGGGUUCGAUUCGGUUUCUGAAUUUAUCGAGUUUACAGGACUUCAAUAUUUCAAUGAACAACGUUUCCGGCGAAAUACCUGCAAGUCUUUCGGGGUUCUCCGAUUCCGUUUUCUUAAACAACCCGGUUUUAUGCGGAUUCCCACUUCUCCGAUGCAAGGAACCCGAAAUACCCUCUGAUGUGUCGUCAUCUCCGACCUCCCUGCCUUGGACUGCGGCAGUGCCUGUGUCGUUACUACUGUACUGCUACUUCUGUCAGAAAUCCGGCGAAGAAUCGACAAACGAGACGAAGAACGUUCAGCAAGUGGAGAAGACAGUGUACCCAACUCCGCCGGUGAGUUCGUUUGAGAAGGGUAGAAUGGUGUUUUUUGAUGGAGCGAGGAGGUUUGAACUGGAGGAUUUGUUGAGAGCGUCGGCGGAGAUGUUGGGUAAAGGUGGGUUAGGGACGGCGUACAAGGCGGUGUUGGAUGACGGGCAUGUGGUGGCGGUUAAGCGGCUGAAGGAGGUGGUGACUGGUGGUAAACGUGAAUUUGAACAGCAGAUGGAGGUUUUAGGGAGUUUACGGCAUCCUAACGUCGUUAGUUUGAAAGCUUAUUAUUUUGCAAAAGAUGAAAAAUUGCUUGUCUACGAUUACAUGACUAACGGCAACUUGUUCUGGCUUCUUCACGGUACGUUAUUUCUCCGUUAA